ACUCAAGACUCUCCUCCAAAAGCCCUAUAUAAACCCACCCUUCACUGCAUAUCUCUCCAUCCAUCACAAUACACUCUGCUAUAGCUUAUAGCUAGUCACCAUAAUCACUAGCAUAAUUCACAUAAGCUGUUAGAGUUUGAGAUGGCUUCUAAAAGCAAAGCAUCACUUGCUCUCUUUUUCGCCCUCAACCUUCUCUUCUUUUCCCUAGUCUCUGCAUGUGGUGGGGGCUGCCCAUCUCCUAAGCCAAAACCAAACCCAUCACCAAGGCCAACACCAACUCCAUCACCUUCCAACGGAAAAUGCCCUAGGGAUGCACUUAAACUAGGCAUAUGUGCCAAUUUGCUGGGUUCAUUGCUGAAUCUCACCAUUGGCAAACCUCCAGUAGAACCUUGCUGCUCUCUCAUCCAAGGCCUUCUCGAUCUUGAGGCUGCUGUUUGCCUUUGCACAGCCAUCAAAGCUAACAUCUUGGGCAUCAAUCUUAACAUUCCACUUUCUCUGAGCUUGCUUCUCAAUGUCUGUAGCAAGAAGGUUCCAUCUGAUUUCCAGUGUGCCUAAAAACAUAUAUAUUUUUUUCUUUUUUCUUUCUGUCGAACUAGCUAGUUCAAUUCUGUUGGUUUCAAAGGAGUGUUUGAAAUAUCUGUCUGUGAUUCAAGUUAACUUGUAAGCGUUUGUUCCUGGGGUGUGUUAGCUAAAUAAGUAUCGUUUCCCUUAGUAAUGUUUAAGCAUUUUUAUGGGACAUUAAUGAAAUUUGAUUUCCUUUUUCUAAAGAAAA